AUGCCAACGGCCUGGGAGAAGUACUACAAAGAGGAUGAAGGCCUGAACCUGGAUGUUGGGGUUUACAUGAAGGCAUUGGAGUAUGCCUGUGAUGUAGAAGCUGAGGUCAUUGGGAAACCAGACCCCAUGUUCUUUCAGAAGGUUCUAGACGACAUGGGGAUUCAGUCACACCAGACUCUGAUGAUUGGUGAUGAUCUGGCGAAUGAUGUGGGCGGGGCCCAACACUGUGGAAUGAAGGGUGUCCAAGUGAGGACAGGAAAAUACAGGCCCAGUGAUGAGAAGCACCCCACAGUAACAGCUGAUGGCUAUGUGGACAACCUGGCGGAGGCUGUGGAAACCAUCCUGAAGCUCCGGGGCCAGUGAGGAGAGGACAAGGAAGAACCACCUUCACCACCACAAUACACCACACACAGUGAUUUACUCUCAUACGAUCUGACCACAGGGAGUAACCCACUAACAUAGAGAGCCAUGGAGAGAUAGAAGAACAGUCUUAGAGGAGCUAGAGCCUUGUUGGAGCCAAGAUGGAGGAGCUAGCAGAACAUGGUCUUAGAGGAGAUUGAGCCAUGUUGGAGCCAAGAUGGAGGAGAUAGCAGAACAUAGUCUUAGAGGAGAUUGAGCCAUGUUGGAGCCAAGAUGGAGGAGAUAGAAGUUAAUAACCUCAUGGUCAGAGGGCAGCUAGUUAGGUAAGUUAAUGACCUCAUGGUCAGAGGGCAGCUAGUUAGGUAAGUUAAUAACCUCAUGGUCAGAGGGCAACUAGUUAGGUAAGUUAAUAACCUCAUGGUCAGAGGGCAGCUAGUUAGGUAAGUUAAUAAACUCAUGGUCAGAGGGCAACUAGUUAGGUAAGUUAAUAACCUCAUGGUCAGAGGGCAACUAGUUAGGUAAGUUAAUGACCUCUUGUUUACCUGAAGGUGCCUAAAGCCAGUAGCCUCUUUACACACUGAGGACGGACUGGAUGGAGAUGGACUGGGUCUAGUGGACUGGGUCUAGUGGACUGGGUCUAGUGGACUGGGUCUAGUGGAGUGGACUGGGUCUAGUGGACUGGGUCUAGUAGUGGGCUGUGUCCAUGUGAUAGUACUGUGGAUUUAGCUGACUAAAUUAAUGUUUUGGAUUAAAAUAUAUAUACUUCCACCAUAAUUUGCUAAAUAAAUUCAUUAAAAAUCCUACAAUGUGAUUUUCUGGAUUGUUUUUCUUAUUUUGUCUAUCAUAGUUGAAGUGUACCUAUGAUGAAAAUUACAGGCCUCUCUCAUCUUUUUAAGUGGGAGAACUUGCACAAUUGGUGGCUGACUAAAUACUUUCUUGCCCCACUAUCACUCCAGUGUUAAUUUGCUAUAUUGUAAUUACCUCGCUACUAUUUACUGCCUUACCACCUCAUGACAUUUGCACACACUUUUUAGACUUUCUUUUUUUUCUAUUGUGUUAUUGACUGUACGUUUGUUUACUCCAUGUGUAACUCUGUGUUUGUUGUUUGGUGUCGCACUGCUUUGCUUUAUCUUGGCCAGGUUGCAGUUGUAAAUGAGAACUUGUUCUCAACUGGCCUACCUGGUUAAAUAACGGUGAAAUAAAAACAUGUCUUUUCUUUA